UAUAAUAAAUGGUAAAGACAAAAGUACUGUGAAUUUAGACACAGUUUUCUAUCGAUAUUUAUAUACAUGUCCAUAACCGCGCAAUGAGAACCGAAAAUAUGAUAUGCAAAUGUUACUUAAACUAAUUUUGACGUACAAUAUUUACUUCGGAUGCGUAAUUUAUGAAGUAUUAAAUUUUCCGAAAUCUUGCAUUACCAGAGCAUUUGCUAUUAAUGUAUCGAAUUAUGAGUAUAAUAUUGGAUCGAUUAUAGAUUCGAAUGAUGAAACCAAAAGUAAUGAAAGACGCUUUUAUUCAGACAUUUAUUCGCAAUUGUGUCACCGUUCCAUUCAGCGAAUCACAAUGGAUAAACCCAAGCGUUAUUGGAAAAAUGUAAAGAGAAAUUUCUACCUGUACUUUCAAACAAGCGCUGAUAUAAUCUAUCGGCGAAAGUUGCUUGGUUACGAGCAAGAUUUUUUCAAAAUUCGCCCUAUGAGAUAUAACAAGUCUAAAAGAAUACCUCAUGAAAUUAUCCAAAUGAGGGUGUCAGGUUUGAAGAAGAAACAUGAUGUCAUUGCAAAGGAUACCUACUCGAACGAUGGAAAUAUAGAUUGGGCAGCCUGGGACAAUUGGAGCAUUUGGAGUGCGUGCAGUGUAUCUUGCGGGCAAGGACGACAGGUCCGUUGGCGUCAUUGUUUGUCCGCAGAUUGCACUAAAGGUCUCAAGAAGGCACAGUUAAAAAGCUGCCAUCUGAAGGAUUGCGGUACCAAAGGCAUCUUCGGUUGGCUCGGGAUAAAAUCGUGAUCCGUUUACGACUUGCGAAAGCGAUCGACAAAGUCUUCUUGACAUCAUUAUAUGGAAAGUACUAAGCGAUCUCGAGAACGCACAAACAAAAAAGUCCUUACUUUGUAAACUAUUACACGGAGAGAGUUCAUUUCCGGAUAUUACUCUUUCCCGGAUAAAAUCAUCUUGAUUUGACAAGAAGAAUACAAGAAUGCAAGCACGGUUGAGCCAUGGAUCAUUUUCCUUACUAUUUUUAUAAGAUUGCACU